AUGCGAGUGGGAAGCGUGACUAUUAAGAGUUUUCCUGGAUGUUUGAAGUUUGUUCCGAGCAGGACCUUGGCAGUUUCCUACUAUCCAACUGAUUCCGGUUGCCUUGUACAGUUCACUGUUCAACGACUUCCUCGUCCGGAGAAGCAUAUCGAAAAGAAUGCGUUGAAUGCGAUGCUGGAUGAUUUGGCAGUGAUCAUGAAAAAUCCCAAGCUCCGGUUGGGUGAUAUUGAAGUCAAUGGACGUUUCGAACCGAAUACCAUCGCGAAAUAGUUUGGAGAAAUUACCAUGCUCCAAGCAUAUAUGAUUAGAUUAGAAGAUUUUAGAUUCAGUGAUGUUAUCUCUAUCCUUUCCUCUUUCAAAUCUGGAUAUCUCGAGGAAAUCAGAAUUCAAAGCUUCAAGGGUUACGAACAAUCCCAGGAAAUUCUGGAAAUGGAGCAAUGGAAACAGGCAAAAGCGAUUCACAUUUACUCUCGUGGAUUUGUAAUUUUCCCCAUUGAACGAUUCUUCAAUUUUUCUAGUUUCUCCACCGACUCGCCAGAUUUAUCAGUUUCUGAUGCAAUUAAGUUCAGAAAUAUUUUCAUGAAACCUGGUCAGUUUGUAUACGAAGAGAUCAAGUUGCGAGAUGCGAGAUGCGAGACUCGAGAAGUGGCGAGAGUUUUCGAUCCGAAAUUCAGUUCUCACAGAAAAUACUGUUGUCCUCGACGUACUCAUUAUGCCGGCCAAUUUAUCGUUUCAUUCGAAGAACACUGUUUGAAAAUUGAAAAGUUCUCUGGAGAUCCGUCAGCUUUCCGUUUUUCUCACGAUUCUAAUGAUAUGUAA